CUGCAGUCUACACUCGUGUUGUUAUCAACUAAAUGCAUCAUGUGGGGAAUACUUCUCUUAUCAAUACUUGCUUCAACAACGGCUUCAGAUCCAGAUCCAGAACUUUUUCCUGUUCAAAGAACUGCCAGAGCAGAAGAAAUCUCUACUAAUGAGUAUUUGUUAUCAACACCAGUUAUUCCCACACACUAUGAUAUCGGCUUAACAGUUCCCUUGGAGGCUUUAACUGGAGGGAAUACAAGCUAUGACGGAACUGUUAAUAUAACUUUGAGUGUUACUGAACCAACGAAUACUGUUCAAUUUCAUUCACUUGUAAAUAUUAUUAGCAUAUCCUUUACUGAUCCGUCUGUUGUGAUACAAAAUUAUACACUCAACUCAACUAAGGAAACGGUAUCUAUUUUUUUAAACAGUAACCUAAAUACUAGUACGACGUACAGGCUCAAUAUCCAGUUUAAGGGAAAUUUGGAAAAAGUUAAGAUGAACGGAUUUUAUAGAAGUGACUAUGUGAUUAACGGUACUAAAGAGUAUCUGGCUACAACCCAAUUUGAGUCAACUCAUGCUAGAAGAGCAUUUCCAUGUUUUGACGAACCAGGAUUGAAAGCUACUUUUCAGUUGACUUUAACACAUCCCUCGGAAUUCAAUGCUAAGUCAAAUACGCCAUCCCAGUCGCAGGCAGUAGCACAAACAACAAAUACUACGACAACUGUUUUUGUACAAACCCCUAAAAUGUCUACAUACUUGAUAGCCUUUGUAAUAUCCAAAUAUAAUUGCACGUCGGGUACAAAUUUAGGUACUGAUUUUGGAGUAUGUUCAAGAACAGAUUUAUCUAGCGACAGAGAUGAAGCCUUGCAGUAUGGUAUGAGGAUUUUAGAAGCGUUUGAUCAAUAUACUGCUAGUCCCUAUAAUUUGACCAACUUAAAGAAAUUGGAUCAGUUUGCCAUUCCUGAUUUUAGUGCUGGAGCCAUGGAAAACUGGGGAUUAGUUACUUACAGGGAAUAUUCACUUACCUCGAAUAAAGACCAAACAUCAAGAGCUCUUAGGCAAAAUAUGCUUUCGAUAAUCGCUCACGAAUUUGCACAUAUGUGGUUCGGAAAUCUAGUGACUACAAAAUGGUGGGAUACAACUUUCUUGAAUGAAGGCUUCGCAAGAUAUUUCCAAUACUUUAUUUUAACCAAAAUUAAUGAUUUAAGUGACUUUCAAAUGGAUAAACAGUUUAUAGUUGAACAACAACAAACAGCAUUUGUAGAAGAUGCGUCCCCAAGUUCUCGUUCACUUACGUCUGCAGCAUGGACACCGGCUGAAAUAAGCAACAAAUUUAAUACAAUAUCAUACAACAAAGGAGCUUGCAUCUUAAGAAUGAUAGAGAACUUAAUUGGUUCUUCUACUUUUCAGACAGCUUUGCAAAACUAUCUAAAUGCUACUGCUUAUGGUUCAGGAACCACGGAAAAAUUAUGGGUAAAUUUUCCUAGCAACAGUCCUGCAUUACCUCAAAACGUAACUUUUAACGAUUUUGUAGAUAAUUGGACAAAUAAACCUGGGUUCCCAGUCGUGAGUGUAGUUUUUAAUGGAAAAAAUGUUACAUUUUCACAGAAACGAUUUUUAUACAGUGGAAACAAUAAGACUCAGUGGUACGUACCGAUCACUUACAGAUUGUCAAAUAGUUCUUCAUAUGAAACAUUUUGGUUAGCACCCAAUAGUUCUGUAACACUACUAAAUAAUUUAACUGAAAAAGACUGGUUAAUUGUAAAUGAUGAUUCUAGAGGUUACUACAGAGUUAAAUAUUGCACAAGAUUAACGCAAAGAAUAAAAUCUUUAUUAAAUCAAAAUCACACUCAAAUUUCGGAGUUAAACAGAGCUCAAAUAAUAGACGACUCACUUAAUCUAGCUAGGGCUGGAUACAUUAAAUAUUCCGAAGCUUUUGAACUUCUGAAAUAUUUAAAAAAUGAAACUAGUUACUUCCCCUGGUUUACUACUAUUAGAAAUAUGGAUUAUUUAGUGACAAGAUUGGGAGCCAAUACAGAGCUGGGAAAAAGAACAAAUGCUAUGGUAUUAGAUCUCAUAAGUCAGAUUUCAGCCAACGUUUCCUCUACUAAAUGGGAAGAAAUUGAUCAAGUUACUGCUUUGAAACUACAAAGAGUGUGGGCAGAUGCUUGUAAAAGAGGUCAAGCAAGUUGUAUUUCCGAGACAAAGAGACUGUUUGAGGCAUUCAGAUUAAACAAAACUAGCGUAAACCCAAAUAUAAGAGAUGUAGUAUACUGCAAUGCCUUAAGAAAUAGUAACAACAUUGCCGCUGAUUGGGAGUUCCUAUGGAACAGGCUGUUGAGCUCUAUUCAUCCUCAGGAAGAUCUUUAUAUCUUGCUGAGUUUAGGAUGUACAAAACACAAACCCUACUUAACAAGAUUAUUGGAUGCAACCACAAAUUCAUCAGUAAUAAAACUUCAAAACCUAUUUACCGUAUGGACUUCAGUUGCUUCUGCCAGUAAAGAAGGUUUAGAUCAUGCUUUUGAAUAUUUCGUUAACAACUACAAAAAAAUUAUUGAAUAUUAUCCCGAGGGUAUAUCAUUAUUAUCUCAAUUGACGAACAGAUUUACAAGUAAUGCGGAGGUAACAAAGUUGCAACAAUUCGCUGAUCGGCUAGAGAAGAACUCAACAAUUAGAUCUGCUGCAAAUUCAGCUUUAACUACAGCAAAACAGAAUUUACAAUUUAGGUCUCGAAUUGAAGAUGACCUUGACGAUUACUUCGGUAUUGAUAAAUCCGGGUCUCCAGUAAAUUCUUUUGGGAUAUUACUACCUUUAUUAUUGUUAAGUGUAGCUUUAUUUAUGUAGAUAUCUGAUAAGAAGACCUGCUUAGAAAUAUUGAUGUACAUAAAAUUUUAUUUUUCAAUGCUAAUUAUAAAAUAAUUAAAUAUUAA